CUCCAUUAUCGUGCUUUUUCUCCUUCUGUCUCUGUAUCACUUGGUCCAUCUCUGAAGUCAGAGCGACAAAAACAGCGUCCUGCAGUGAGCGUCUGGAACAGUCUGCGGCCUUAUGAGACUCAAGGUCAAAGGUCAUCGCUACAGCAAUGGAGUGCUUCAAUGACCUGCUCCUUAAACUGCAGCAGGUUCGCGAAAGAGAAGUGGAGGGUUGGCAAGUGAAAGUCCAAGAGCUGUCCAACAAGAAAGGCUGUGACACUAAGCGAAUGGAGGAACUGUUCACCAGAAACCAGCAGAUGAAGGAACAGCACAGAGUACUCACAGAGAACAUAAAGACACUGGAAAACAGGCUGAGAGCGGGGCUGUGUGACAGGUGUACAGUGACUCAGGAUGUAGCCAGCAGAAGACAGCAGGAAUUUGAAGCGUCACAGAUCCAGAGCUUGCAGCACAUCUCUCGACUGGUGGGAGAGAUGAACAACCUGAAAAGGGAGAACAAGAGAUUCAGAGAUGAAAUCCGGAGUUUGAAAACAGCAUUAGAAGGUCACAGUGAUCACUCCUCAAGCAGCAGCACCUUCACAGAGGUCAAACCAAACAGCUCCCCGGACGUUUUGCCCUCUUCUGGACCUGAGGCACUCAUCACUGCAGCAACCAGCAGGGCCAGCAACCAGUCAUCAGACGGUGACGUUGGGAAGAAACCCGAAAGAGACCAAAGAACAGAGGAAGCUGAACACAGACAGAUGAGAGGGAUGAGCAGAAGCCACUAUGACGCAUACAAGCCUCUUGCAUUGUCAACUCUUGCAUCACCACCAUGGAAGGCAGAACACAGUGUGACCCGUGCUGGAGAGAGGAGAGCUCAGAGUAUGGAAGGAGUGGACCCGCGAUCCCCAAUUGCUCCUCAAGCUCUCCUUCCUAAAAUAUCUUCUACUCCCACCGGUGAAGUCAACCCCAGUAGACAUGUGCUCCACACUCCUGUCCCCUGCCGGCCUCAACCAAUCAAGAGUAGCGCUCUUAGUCUCCCCUGGCCCUUAUCUGAAUCCUCUGACUGGGUUUCUUUGGCAGCAGCAAGAACCAGCCAGUUGAUGCAACCUUCUUCAGAACCACGCUUUCCCAACCUUAUCCCAAAUAGCCAACAUGCCAGUCCUAGGAGGCCGGCUUUUGGGUCUCCCUGGCCCAAACAAAGCACCAAUCCGUCCGCAGUAAAAGAGCCAACUGUAGUGUUCAGGUUCAGGAAUUUGUCAGACCACCCAGAAAGUCAAAUUAAGCCCCAGGAGAAGAAGGACAUUCAGCCAAUUAAGAAUGAGAGUGUCUCUGGAGAAGUGCUUAAGGAGAUGCAUGAAGGGCCUCUGGACCUGUCAGAUCGAGGAAAGUCCAAAUCCGGCCAAACGCCAAGAGAUGAUUCACCCUUAAACUUACAAGGUGGAGAGAGAGUACAUAUGAGCCCUGACAAUGCACUGAAAACAAAUACACUUGCACAUGUACCAGUUUCCUCACCUCUACCUGUCUACCAAUCCUCCUCCUCUAAACCACCAGUCAAACAACAAGAGGAAGAACCUACCAGUGACCACAACCACAAGCAGGUAAUCAAAGAUGAGGAGCAGAAAGAGGAGGUGAAUGGAAAGACAGACCAGACCAAUGAAAAGAAGGUGCCUGUCCUCACCAUAUCUUUACGUCCAGUAGUAGUGCUGGAGACUCUGAAUUCGGCUCUGCAAAAGCAAGAAUCCAUAUUGUCAAAUGGAAAGUCAUCAACACCAGCAGCUGAACCAGGAAGCAGUUCAGACGAGGAGGACGAGGAGGGGAGCCAGGGCUGCAAGAGGAAGAGGGCAUCUGUGGAAACCGACUCAGACACAGACAACCUCCAGUACGAAAAAAACCGAGGAGGGCAGCCCGGCAAAAGAAGAUGACGUCACAUUGACUUGGUGAUCACACUGGAACCUGUGUUAAGUGAUUGUUUUGGCCACUUGGGGGCAGUACAACAUUCUGAAAACAGAACUGAGAAACAGACAACACUGACACAUCAUCGCCUUAUAGAAUUGAUAGAGGUAGCAAAUCAGCAAACACCAUUAAGUUUACUUAUUGAAAAAUGUUGAAUUAGAGGAUGCUAAACAUCUCCAUAUAGCUCAGGAGAAAUGCAGAGCUGGUGAUCAUCAUCAUCAUUGGUCUGUUCAUCAGGAGCAACUCAUUUCACAUUAUACACACAGAUUUGGGCCACUGUUAAUAAAAGGAUUUUGUGUAUUGCAGCUUUAAUAUAAAACAUAUUGAUUAGGGUAGAUUUCCUUUUUCUCUUGACAUUUUUAAACAUCAGGGUUCUUUCUUGCCUUAAUCAUUUACUGCUGCUCAGUAAACAAUUAAGGGUGGCAAAACAGAUUCUAUCUUUAAAUAAAUUCAAAUGUGGUUAAGACGUUAGUGAGUAUUUAUAUGUUGUAAGUCAUUUUCUGAUUAGCUUCUCACCACUUCCUUUAACAGAUAAAAUUGAAACACACUUUCAAUAUUACAGAGAAACCCCAAACUUCCCACAUCGUGUAACACUUUGUUAACUGUAGAGAGAAACAACUCCCUCAUUAACUGGAAGAAACCUCUAGCCAUCUACCAUUAAUAAUAAUAAAAGUAGUGUCAAAUCUGGAUCCCACAGGUCUGGAGUCAAAGAUACCUGCAGAAUAUGAGAGAGAGAAUGAAUUGUGUCUGUUGCCAUAAAGCAGUCUCUUAUUGAGCCAAUAAUGGCCUUGCAGAAUGAAUAAUUAUAAGUUUAAUAUAUUCAAAUGCCACAAAUUGAGCCUUUAAAAAGAGACAGCUGUUAUUGUAGCUGCUGAAGCUUACUCCAUGUAGUGUUUGCAGUUAUUGGUCCUGCUAAGAAAUGAAUACGCUAUUUGGGACAUUCCAGUGUUAAACAGUGCUUUAUGUCAUGUAAACAUCAUACUCAUUUGAUUAUUGGGUUUGUUAAUUCAUUGGUGAAACAAAUACAAGUACAGUUUCCAUGGUAUUGAGAAUGAGUAAUGUUAUUUUUACAUCUAAAUGAACCAUUUUAUUUUUAAAUGCCUUUACUUGAGUGACACAUUAACCUUGGCCAAGGCUCAAGAGUGGAUGCAAAUGUACAUGUACCUAAGUAUAAUGUUUAGCCGUUUGUCACUGUUUGGUGGAGAACUGAGAACUACUCCGGCUGAGAAAGUCACACAUUGUGCAAAACGUACCAGCCCAUUUCCCCAAUGUGCAAAUCCAGCUCCCCGUAUGACCAGCUGAAGACGAGUGCAGUAACCAAAGGACAAAUGGUCAGAUUCAAAUGACAGUGUGAAUCUUGGCCUGUCUCCUCUCAGUUGGGGAUUGCUCUAAUCUUUUCACCACACAAAUACAACUAGCAUUAUCAGCACUAUCAUCAUCUAAUUGAACAAUUCAAUGCCAGUAACCAAUGGUUUCAGCUUCCAUUUCCAACCAAUCAGUGUUUGGGUCUGUUAAGUCCUGUAUAGUCCUGCUCACCAACACUGAUCACCCAUACUCACUAUACUAUUCUACUAUUUAAAGUUAUUUCACUUUGCCGGCAUUGCAGUCACUGCCUGGCUAUUUUUGCCACAGAGCCCCCACCCCUCCCCUUCUCCCACCCUUUCUCUAAGUGACCUAAAAAGAAAAAAAGAAGAGAAAAACCUGUUCCUCUUCCUCUUUUUCAGAAUGCACAUAUUUUGCAAGUAUUAACUUUCCACUCACAGCUGCAACGGCUUGUCUUAGGCGGGGUGGAUGGAGGAGAUUAAAAGUGAGAAAAGUGACAGUCAGUUAAAGAACUUAAAGGGGAUAGUAAUUCAAAUUCAUUCUUUAUCUACUCAUCACUGUGCUGAUGGAGGGGUGGGUGACGUUUUUGUGAACUAUCCCUUUAAACUUUUGUGGCUACAUCCCUGUAAGGUCAAUGUGUCCCUUUUUCUGAUAUAAAAAAUAUAUUCUUUCUAAAGGAGAUGUCCUAAUUAAUGGGAAGAAUCAGACAUUUACUUGAAAUGUAAAAUUAAUUUUAUGUCUCUCUUUUCUUUUUCAAAAAUUUGCACUUUUUACUCUCCCGUGUGUGACAACCCCAAUGCCUGCAGUUCUAAUGCAUGUAUAUUGAUUUCUAAUGUUUCUGUCUGUCUCUUUAAAGCCAUUAGAGUCCAUUAAGUACAGUACUUGUUCAAUGGUCAAUGUACAAAACAGCCUUCCAGCCACAUAUCUGUGUUAAUUAAAAUGUGAUUGACUGUAAUACUAAGUCUGUGCUUUUAUGCUCAUCUAUCCAGCUGUGUUGCUGUGUGGUCCCAUCGGAUAUUUUGUGCUCUAAAAUUAUCAAACAAACACUCAGCAACUUCUGUAUGAAUGCACUUCAUCUGAUGCUGAAAUAAAUGUUCAUUCUUAAA